CUGAGCCUCAUCGUCUCUCCACCUCUUCAGCGACAGAGAACAGGACAAGACUCACCAUGAGCCACUCCAUCCAAACCUCGACUUCCUACAGGCGCACUUUUGGAAGCCCCCACCCCAUCUCCAUGAGCUCUUACUCACCCGUGUCCUCUCGCAUGGCUGGGAGUCGCUACAUGCGUUCAUCUUCCCCAGCUGUGUCGACCCGCACCUCCACGUCCUACCAUCAGCAGCGUUCUCGCCCCGUCGCCCAACCCCCCCGCCUCAGCUACGAUAAGGUAGACUUUACCUUGGCUGAAGCCAUCAACCAGGAGUUCCUGACCACCCGGAGCAACGAGAAGGCCGAGCUGCAGGAGCUCAAUGACCGCUUUGCCAGCUUCAUCGAGAAGGUGCGCUACCUGGAGCAGCAGAAUGGUGCACUGCAGCAGGAGCUCAACCAGUUCAAAGGUCAGCAGCAGCACGGCCAGCCCAACCGAGCCAUGGAGCUUGUCCAGGAGGAGAUGAAGGAGCUCAGGCGCCAGAUGGACGACAUCGGCAAGGACAGGGACCAGUAUCUGCUGGAGAGGGACAACCUGGCCGAGGACCUGGCCCUGCUCAAGCAAAGGCUGGAAGAAGAAGCCCAGAAGAGGGCAGAUGCUGAGAACAACCUUGUAGCUUUCCGCAAGGAUGUGGAUGACGCCACCUUGUCCCGUCUGGAGCUGGAGAGGAAGAUUGAGUCUCUGAUGGAUGAGAUCGAGUUCCUGAAGAAGAUGCAUGACGAGGAGAUCCAGGACGUCCAGGUGAGCAUCCAGACCCAGCAGCUGAGGAUGGAGGUGGACAGCAGCUCCAGGCCUGACCUGACUGGAGCACUGAGGGACAUCAGGGCCCAGUAUGAGACCAUUGCCCUGAAGAACAUGCAGGAGUCUGAGGACUGGUACAAGUCCAAGUUCACCGACUUGACUGAGUCUGCUAAGAAGAACUCCGAGGCUCUGAGGACAGCCAAGCAGGAGGCUGGCGAAUCCAGGAGGCAAAUCCAAUCCCUCAACUGUGAAAUUGAUGCACUGAAGAAUACCAAUGAAGCCCUCCUGCGCCAGAUGCGCGACAUGGAGGACCAGUUUGGCAAUGAGAUUGGAAACUACCAGGACAACGUUUGUCGCCUGGAAGACGAAACCCGCCACCUGAAAGAGGAGAUGGCCCGCCACCUGAGAGAGUACCAGGAUCUCCUGAAUGUCAAGAUGGCUCUGGACAUCGAAAUCGCCACUUACCGAAAACUGCUGGAGGGUGAAGAGAGCAGGAUCACUGUUCCCAUUCUCAAUAUUGGCAUGAACCAUCACAUUGGCGAGCGAGACUAUGAGCCAAUCCCAGAUAGUGGCAGCAAGAGGACCGUUGUGAUCAAGACUGUUGAGACUCGAGAUGGGGAGAUCGUGAAGGAAUCCAAGCGAGAGAAGGAGAGAGAUCGCAGCGACAAAGUGGACAAGGAUGACCGAGACGAGUGAAUUAAAAGGGAGAAGUAAAUGGGGGAAAUCAUUGAUAAAUGUUCAGCUCAUUCCAGCCGGUUUCGUGUACAUCAUUUAGCAGACCUUAGAUGCAGUGUUGAAUAAAAGAUAUUGGUGCUACUGAAGCCACAUUGCAACAGCAUGACCAACAGACAUACCACUCGUGGCCUUUAUUUAUUUACAGCAAAAAGAACACACUUGGAAGAAUUAAAGACACGGUUACAAGUUAAGAUAGCAUUUUAUAGCUCUGUUGUUUAGAAGUCACUGUUGUUAAGAUGAGCAACAUUUUGAUUUUAAAAGCCUUUGUUAUCCACUUCUUGUAUCCAGACUCAUCACCAAAUCUAUUACUGAACACAUGAAAA